AUGGCUCCCCUGGCCGCAGACCCCCGCCAGCUCGUGGUGGUCCUUAACCCGGCUCGCCGCAAAGCGUUCUAUACCCUCCUCUUCGAUAUCACGGGCUACAUGCGCUCGCAGCUCGAGCUCAAAGACGGCGGCGACCAAGCAGCAGAUUCCAGCGGCAAUCCGGCAUCGCCGUCACUCCAGGACAGGAACGCCCCGCUCUUCGUCCCGGACCGCGGCGACGGACGCAGCAGCAGCCCCAGCCACCCGGACCGCGGCGGUUCCGGCGUGCACAGCGCUCAGCUGCGGGCCCUGAGGAGGGCGGCGCUCAAGCACUUUGACGGGUGGCGGAAGGAGGUCCUCGAGAAGGUCAAGGAAAUUGUCUCGGUUAAGGACGAUGACAAGAUCCUCGAGGCCAGGAAGAAGCGCUUAGAUGAGCAGGAGAAACUGAACGCAGAGUCUCCCGGCGUCGGAGAGGAUUUGAUCAACUUUGGAGAUGCUUCUCAGACUACUUCUUCUUCUCCGGCGGCGAACGAGGUCGACGAGGAGGUGGCCGCACUGCAGGAGCAUUACCAUCCUAUUCCGAGCCGGUUCAUCACGAUCCCGGCGAAUGAUAGGAAAGAAGUGCUAAGCUGCCUCUUGGUUCUCAUCUUGUCUACCGGUUGCUACUCAGCACACUCCAGAGUCUUGGCCCUGUAUCUCACGUCCGCCUUCGGUCUGCCUCUCUCGGCCCUCAUCGCCGAGGAGACGGAAAUCGCAAAGUCUCUGGUUGAAUCUGCGACCUCUUCCGAAGGUCAAAAGGCCACCAUGUCCGCCGAGGCCGAGGCCGCGAAGCGACGACAAGAGAACCAAAAGAGCCGUUUCUGGAAAGUCGGCCUAGCCUCCGUGGCAGGCGCCGCCGUCAUCGGCAUCACGGGUGGUCUCGCGGCCCCUGUGGUCGCCGGCGCCAUCGGCGGCAUCAUGGGCAGCGUCGGCCUGGGAGGCGUCGCGAGCUUCCUCGGCAUCUUUUGGAUGAACGGCGCGCUGGUCGGGACCCUUUUUGGCGCGUUCGGAGCCAAGAUGACGGGCGAGAUGAUGGAUACCUACGCCAAGGAGGUGGAAGACUUCCGCUUCCUCCCGCUCAAGGACGAAUGGGGUCAGGACUAUAAACGCGCUGACCCGGACGGCAAGCAGGGUGCCCGCCUCCGCGUGACGAUUGGCAUCAACGGCUGGCUGAAUGACGAGGGCGACGUGACGAAGCCGUGGCGCAGCCUGGGUGAUGAGUCCGAAGUCUUUGCCUUGCGCUACGAGAUGAAGUCACUUCUCGCCCUCGGUGCUGAGCUCGAGGGUCUCGUCUCGUCGUACGCGUGGAACUAUGUAAAGAUUGAGAUCCUCAAGCGCACUGUCCUUGCUUCGCUCUGGGCUGCUCUGUGGCCCGCCUACCUCAUCAGCGCCGCUUCAAAGAUUGACAACCCCUUCAACCUGGCCCGCAACCGUUCAGACAAGGCCGGUCGCGUUCUCGCUGAUGCUCUCAUCGCCAAGGUCCAGGGAGAAAGACCCGUGACUCUGGUCGGAUAUUCGCUCGGCGCUCGCGUCAUCUACUCUUGUCUGCGAUCACUCGCUGAACGUCAGGCUUUCGGGCUAGUCGACACCGUGGUGCUCAUCGGUGCCCCCGUGCCGUCCAACCGGGAGCACUGGCAGGUCCUGCGGUCCGUGGUGUCGGGCCGCAUCGUCAACGUGUACUCGGAAACGGACUACAUUCUCGGGUUCUUAUACCGUACCACCUCUCUCCAGCUAGGCAUCGCAGGUCUCCAGGAAGUCAAGGACAUUGAAAGAGUCGAGAACCUGAACCUCAGCGCAGAAGUCAGCGGGCACCUCCGCUACCCGAGCUUGAUCGCCAAGAUCCUGACACGAUGCGGAUUCCCGAAUGUCAAGGGCGGCGAGGGCGUUAUAGAAAAGGACGAAGACCUAGACAUCAAGAUUACGGAUGAGGAGGCGGGUUUGCAGAUGGGCGAGCUUAUCCAGCUCGAGGCGCAACCUGAUCCGGAGUCGGAGCCGCAGCCGAUCAGAUCCAAGCAGACCGCCAGGUUCCCGAACGAGCUGCGUCACCCGUUACAUCCUGACCCACCUGAACAGAAGAAGAAAAAGAACCCGAACCGGAACAAGGUCUCUAGAUAUGGUGGUGCAACCGUUUCGGGGUCUCUCGAUCCUUUGGGAGGCGGUGGCGGCGACCCCUUGAACUUGAGAAGUCUUGGCCAGGCAAAGCAGGGACCGCGGUCGCCUCACCACGAGGAGCUCCGUAGUCUAGGCUCUCCACCUCCUGAGAAACAAGAGGCGAGAAGCGCUCAGCCUGCUGAUCCCCUGAAUCUCAGUGCUCUGGGGGCAAAGAACGAAAACCCAGUUCCUACUGCUGUCGAAAAUGAUCCAAGUCAGCCGGGCAAGGAACCAGAGCUUCCUCCCAGGCCUUCUGCCAUCCACUCGUUCCAGAGCGAUGGUGCUAUAGACUUGAACCGCCGUCCGGAACUGCCAAUCAGGCCCAAGACCUUCCCUGUUCCUGUUCAAGAGGAAGAGGAUGAUGAUAGCGAUGACGAGAGCUUCAAGGGAAUUCAGCUGGUUGACAAUGAAGACAUGACGAGUUACUCGGAGCCCUUGAGGGCGGACGACUAG